UGUGAGAGGAGGUGUCAUCUCUAAAGAGGAAGAGACUUUUCUUGUGUAUGACACCUUAGGGGUAGGGGUAUAUGGGUAGGUUAUAAAGCUCAUUGCAUAAUCACACUCUCUCUCACUCAGACUGGCGAGCUUGUGCUUUCUCUUGCUGUCUGUGAAGGGUCUCACAUGGUGUCAUCACCCAACUAAAGAAGAACGGGAAGAUCAGUAGAGGUGCAAGUUACUUAUAAUCGUCUUUUUUUUCUUUAGAAAAAGGUAUUGCGUAAGGUGUUAGUUGAAGUCCUUGAAUCUUGAGAAGGACAAUGUUUAGGUAACCUCAGAGAGAAUCUUCAAGCAAGUUUACUGGACUGUUAGUUAGAUCGAGACAUAUUGCGGACCGAGCUUUCUGUAGGAGAUUUUUCAGUGUUCCGGAACACGUUCAAAGUCACCAUGGCAGACUUUGGCCGUACUUAUCCCCCUCCACCCGUGGUGGGCACCUACAAUUCGUAUCCUCCUCUACCGCCCAAACCGCGGCCUCUGAAGGCGAGAAGCAUGGCUCGACCGGCGCUGUUUACACUGAUGACUCUGGUCCUGUGCGGCCUGGCGAUCGAGGCCUGCUUCACCUACAAGCUGUACCAAAGGCUGCCCCCGACCUCAGAAGGAGACUCACCACUGGGUCAUGAAAAGCAAAUUCAACAUAACAAGAGUUCAAAUCCCAUGAAGACUCCCUCAAAACCAAUGGCUCAUCUGAUUGGUGCAAGUAAACCUCGCAAGGAUGGAGUCAUCCUUUGGGAUGCAAAGCCUGUGGAUCAAACCAUCAUGCACAAAAUGAAAUACGACGAUGGAAAAAUCAUUAUUCAGAAAGAGGGCUUUUACUCUAUAUACUCCAAGAUGUAUUUUAAAGAGAUACAUCAACGGCUGAUCCUACAUGAGGUUGUAAAGACCACACCCCGCUACCCAAAAGAAAUAGUUCUCCUACGGUCAAAAAGAUUCUUUCCCAGAGCUGCACACACAAGUACUACAAAUAGCUUCUUGGGAGCAGUGUUCCAUUUGCUUGAAAAAGACGAGAUAUUUGUCAGGGUGAACAACCACACGGUGGUCAUACUUCACCAAUCAGCAGAAAACUACUUUGGUGCUUAUAUGGUGUAGCAAUCAAGUCAAAUGACAGCAUCUUGACAUACAGUGCAUAUGCUGAUAUUAACACCAAGGCAAUACAUCAAAGCAAGGCAAGAGUAAGACAUUAAAAAUGUCAAUAUGUGUAUUUUAUUUACAAUGUAUAGAAAUAAGAGCACUGUAUAAUUAGCCUACUAUUAUUAUUAUGUUAACUCCUUAUGUUCAAAUAUACAUGAUUAAUAUUAUUGUUUUGCACAAUUUAUUUCUAGGAAAUUAUAUAUUGAAUUCAGGAAUUGUCACAUAUCAGAUUUCAAGCACUUUAUUUUCAUCUCAAAGAAAAUAUCUACUGUGAUCACAGGACUGCCUAACAACCUGUUCGUAUUGGUAUUUUUUAGUACUUAAUGUAAUUAAUUAUUAUAUUUCACCUUUGCGUCGUCAUCUUAUGUUGACAAUCAUACAUUUGUGGUGUGGUGACCGAAUGUAAAACUCACAUGGCAAUGUGCAGUGUGACUAAAACUUCCCUGUAAUGUCCUGAUAAGUAAACCAAGUAUUACUAUUAUUAUUAGGCUAUUUAUGUGUAUAAAUGCUUUAUUGUAAUAUUUGAUGACUGACCGUCGCAACACACAUUGUAUUAUGUAAUGACAGUCAAACCAUUGUAAUAUUGGCAAUAUAGUCGUAAUUCAGUGAAAAUGCAAAACCUGGACUGUUGUCUCACCUCUGAAACCCUAUUCCAUUGUUAUUUCGUACAAUGAAUGUAAUAAAAUAGUUGGAAUAGUUGUAAUAGUUGGUUUUGCAGGACAUAAUAGUGUAUGUACUGUACCACAGAAUAGCUGCGUUUAUUAAAAUAAACACAGCAGAUUUCUGACAUGUCUUAA